UGGGAGGAGGGCGGCUUUGCGAAGCCGCAAGUCCUCCCGCCGCGCUCCGGACCCAGCAUGGCUUUCGCCAAUUUCCGCCGCAUCUUGCGCUUAUCCAACUUCGAGAAGAGAAAGUCCCGUGAAUAUGAGCACGUCCGCCGGGACCUGGACCCCAACGACGUCUGGGAGAUUGUGGGCGAGCUGGGCGAUGGCGCCUUCGGCAAAGUCUACAAGGCCAAAAACAAGGAGACGGGUGCCUUGGCAGCAGCCAAAGUCAUUGAGACCAAGAGCGAGGAGGAGCUGGAAGACUACAUUGUGGAGAUUGAGAUCCUAGCCACCUGCGAUCACCCGUACAUCGUGAAGCUCCUGGGGGCCUAUUACUAUGAUGGGAAGCUGUGGAUUAUGAUUGAGUUCUGCCCUGGGGGAGCUGUGGAUGCCAUCAUGCUGGAGCUGGACCGAGGCCUCACCGAGCCCCAGAUUCAGGUGGUAUGCCGUCAGAUGCUGGAGGCGCUCAACUUCCUGCAUGGCAAGAGGAUCAUCCACCGCGACCUGAAAGCCGGCAAUGUGCUUAUGACUCUUGAGGGAGACAUCAGGCUGGCUGAUUUUGGUGUGUCUGCCAAGAACCUGAAAACUCUGCAAAAGCGAGAUUCCUUCAUAGGAACGCCUUACUGGAUGGCCCCUGAGGUGGUACUCUGUGAGACCAUGAAGGAUGCCCCGUAUGACUACAAGGCUGACAUCUGGUCCUUGGGCAUCACACUGAUUGAGAUGGCGCAGAUCGAGCCCCCACACCAUGAGCUCAACCCCAUGCGGGUCCUGCUCAAGAUUGCCAAGUCGGACCCUCCUACACUGCUCACGCCCUCCAAGUGGUCCGUGGAGUUCCGAGACUUUCUGAAGAUAGCAUUGGAUAAGAACCCGGAAACCCGGCCCAGUGCUGCCCAGCUGCUGGAGCACCCCUUUGUCAGCAGUGUCACCAGUAACAAGGCUCUUCGGGAGCUGGUGGCUGAGGCAAAGGCUGAGGUGAUGGAGGAGAUCGAGGAUGCCAGGGAGGAUGGCAAGGAUGACGUCGAAGAGGAGGAUGCUGUAGAUGUCACCUCGCCCCUGGUCAACCAUACUCAGGACUCCGCUGGUGCAACUGAGCCAAGCCUCAACUCUGACAAGCCUUCCCAGGAUUCUUGUGUCACCCUGCCUCCCAGACAACCUCAGGAGCCUGUGAACGGACCCUGUAGUCAACCUUCAGAGGAUGGAUCCCCCCAAACCACCAGCCCUGCAGAUGUGGUCCCCAAGAAUGACAAUGACUUAAAGGUACCCCUUGCCCUCCGGAAAUCACGACCGUUAUCCAUGGAUGCCAGAAUUCAGCUAGCCGAAGAGAAAGAAGUCACUGGCCAGGCUGAGGACUCCAGUCCUUUGGCCAGCAAGUCCCAAAAGGCAAGCCAGAGCCGCCCUAACAGUGUUGCUCUGGAGACUUUGGGUGAAGAGAAGCUAGCCAAUGGUGGCCUGGGGCUCCCCAGCACUGUAGUUCCAGGCCAUGCUAAGAGGGCCUCAGAUUGCAGCAACCUGUCUACCUCAGAGAGCAUGGACUACGGCUCCUCCCUGUCUGCUGACCUGUCACUGAACAAAGAAACAGGAUCACUGUCUCUCAAGGGCUCAAAACUGCACAACAAGACCCUGAAGCGGACACGCAGGUUUGUGGUGGAUGGUGUGGAGGUGAGCAUCACCACCUCCAAGAUUAUCAGCGAGGAUGAGAAGAAAGACGAGGAGAUGAGAUUUCUCAGGCGCCAGGAACUCCGAGAGCUUCGGCUUCUUCAGAAAGAAGAACAUCGGAACCAGACCCAGCUGAGCAGCAAGCAUGAGCUGCAGCUGGAGCAAAUGCACAAACGUUUUGAACAAGAAAUCAACGCCAAGAAGAAGUUCUACGAUGUGGAGCUAGAGAACCUGGAGCGGCAGCAGAAGCAGCAGGUGGAGAAGAUGGAGCAGGACCACAGUGUGCGCCGCAAGGAGGAGGCCAAGAGGAUCCGCCUGGAACAGGAACGAGACUACGCCAAGUUCCAAGAGCAGCUCAAGCAGAUGAAGAAGGAGGUAAAGAAUGAGGUUGAGAAACUGCCCCGGCAGCAGCGGAAAGAGAGCAUGAGGCAGAAGAUGGAAGAACAUUCACAGAAGAAACAGCUGCUUGACCGAGACUUUGUAGCCAAGCAGAAGGAGGACCUGGAGCUGGCCAUGAAGAAGCUCACCACCGAAAACAGGCGUGAGAUCUGUGACAAGGAGCGAGAGUGUCUCAGCAAGAAGCAGGAGCUCCUCCGAGACCGUGAGGCAGCCCUGUGGGAGAUGGAGGAACACCAGUUGCAGGAGCGGCACCAGCUGGUGAAGCAGCAACUUAAGGACCAGUAUUUCCUGCAGCGGCAUGAGCUGCUUCGCAAGCAUGAGAAGGAACGGGAGCAGAUGCAGCGCUACAACCAGCGUAUGAUGGAGCAACUGAAGAUCAGACAGCAGCAGGAGAAGGCGCGACUACCCAAGAUCCAGAGGAGUGAUGGCAAGACACGCAUGGCCAUGUACAAGAAGAGCCUGCACAUCAAUGGGGCAGGCAGUGCCUCUGAGCAGCGCGAGAAGAUCAAGCAGUUCUCGCAGCAGGAGGAGAAGAGGCAGAAGGCGGAGAGGCUGCAGCAGCAGCAGAAACAUGAGAAUCAGAUGCGAGACAUGGUGGCCCAGUGUGAGAGCAACAUGAGCGAACUGCAGCAGCUGCAGAAUGAAAAGUGUCACUUGUUAGUGGAACAUGAAACCCAGAAGCUGAAGGCCCUAGAUGAGAGCCAUAACCAGAGCCUGAAGGAGUGGCGGGACAAGCUGCGGCCAAGGAAGAAGGCCCUGGAAGAGGAUUUGAACCAGAAGAAGCAGGAACAGGAAAUGUUCUUCAAACUAAGCGAGGAGGCGGAACCCAGACCCACCACGCCCAACAGAGCCAGCAAGUUCUUCCCCUACAGCUCUGGGGAUGCUUCCUAACACCUCAUCCCUGGGCUGCGGUGGGUGAUGUGGCAGCAUGGCCACUGGGGCCUCUGAGCCUCUGAGAACAAGUGACUCAGGACCUCUGUCCCUUGCUUCUGUGCCAGCUUGAACCAGCCCCUCAGCCUGCAAUGCCACAGUUGUUCACAGCGCCGCCCUGGUGCUUCUAAUGGAUGACUUCGUCAAGACUCACAACAGUGAUUAGAGCUGUUGGGGCCAGGGGACAGGCAUGAAGGGUGUACCCCUCCUGUUUGCCCAGACACCAGCUCUACUGUCUGUAGGCACAAGUGCUACCAAUGACAUCACCGUGAACUCAUCCUUAUUGUAA